UCCUAAACCAAAACAUAAACACUCAAACAGUCAGAAAACCAAGAAAAAUAAAAUAAUAAUAAUAAGAGGAACAAUGAGUAAAUUUUUAAAAUUUUAACUUUAUAGUUUAUAUAUUAUUCCUGGAUAAUUAUUGAGCAUGGAUUGUACAAAACGACGUCGAGUCACUGUGAAAUUCAAAUCUGCUAAUCCCUUAUUUGAGCAAUGGCUAGCAGAAUGGGAGGAAAAAGCAAAAAUCAAGGGUUCAAAAUCACAUCAUACCUUCCAAAAAGCAUUAACCUAUUUGAGAAAAUGCCCAAUACCUCUAAAUUCUGGAAAAGAAUGUUUGAUUCUGAAAGGAUUUGGUGAAAAAUUAUGUCAAAUGCUGGACAGAAAGUUACAAGAACACUCAACAUCCACAAAUGUUGACAAUGAUGUUCACCCAAUUAUUUCAAAUAAAGAUGAUUCGAACAGAAGUAAAACUCAAGGAUUACCGGAAAAUACUGCUGGAACAGGACUAUCAAUUGUAAGGAGGAAGGGAGAAAAUAAGGAAAGUAGUUCUAGUUCUUGUGAAUCUGAUGGUAGUUUGGUUGACUACAUGCCAAUACCCAGAACAGGUGAAUAUGCUAUACUCUUAGCACUGUAUAAAAAACAUAUGCAACCAAACUAUCCAGGAUAUUCUACAAAACAAGAAAUAAUUUCUGAAGCAAUACAAUUCUCAGAUAUUUCUUUCACAAAACUUGAAGGUAAAAGGACAGCUUGGUUUGCAAGGAAAACACUUAUUUCCAGGAAGUUAUUGACAGAGAAGAGCAAACCUCUAAAAUAUUCCCUAACUGAUUCAGGGAUUUCAUUAGCAAAAAAACUGUAUGAUGAGAAUUAUUCAAAUGCUAAUAAUAAUAAAGAAAGUUUGGAUGAAAAUCCAUUGAGGACCAUUGAGUUAGGUAACAUUCAAACUUGGUGUCAAGCUCAGAGUUCCCUUCAUAAUGAUGAAAUCUCAGAUGAAAUAAUAAUUUUUGAUGGUGUUCCACCAGAGGUUGGAAGCUCAAUUGGAAGUGUUUUUUCAGCAGCACCACUUUUAUCAAAACAGAGUGACUCUGUUUCAAAGCUAAUUUCAAAAAAAGGUUUACCUUCACAAAAAAGUAUUACAAAACAUCCUUCUACCAGUUCCACUACAUCCACAAAAAGUCAGUCUCAGGAAGAAUGUGUCAUCUUUCAACCUGGAAGUUAUGAUAUCAUUUUAUAUGUUGAUACUGCUGAGACAACUGGAAACCAUGGAAAAUCCAAAUCGGAUGCCUUCUUGGCUGAAUUGAGCAACUUAAUGUCAGCUGGGUCAUAUGAAGUCAAACAUCUGAGUGUUGGAGAUUUCAUCUGGAUAUGUAGAGACAAGUCCACUAAAAAAGAGCUGGUCCUUCCGUACGUCGUCGAACGCAAGCGCCUCGACGAUCUCGCCGGCAGCAUCAAGGACGGCCGCUAUCACGAGCAGAAGUUCCGGCUGAAGCGCAGCGGCGCGCAAACGAAGAUCUACCUGAUCGAGCAGUGCGCAGGCGCGCGCAGCCACGUCGGGUUGCCGUUGAGCACGCUGAUGCAGGCGGCCGCUAAUACGGCGGUGCAGGACGGGUUCGUUGUGAGCGUGACGGGCGGGCUCAAGCAAACGGCGGAGUAUUUGAGUCGGUUCACCGGGUUAUUGGCCGCCAGUUUCAAGGACAAGACUGUAAUGAGUUGCCCCAAGGACAAUUUGGACGAAGUUGAUUUGACUGACGAUUUGAUACCUCUGAUGACGUUCAACGAGUUCAAUCGGAGUUCUAUGAAAAAUAAGCCAAUGAAAGUAACAGACUUAUUCGUCAAAAUGUUGCUGCAACUAAAAGGGAUAUCAGUGGAUAGGGCCUUGGCGAUAGUGGAAAUUUAUCCAACUCCUGCAACAUUAAGGCAAGCUUACUCGGAAAAUACGGGCAUCAAAGGUGAAAAACUAUUAGCUCCGAUCAAGUUUGGUAAGUUCAAAAAGGCGAUUGGACCUACUUUGAGCAAAACUAUUUACCAACUUUUCACUUCUGAGACUUUUUCAUGAUAUACAAGACUGAUUUUUAUAAUGUAUCAACAACAUGUAGAUCCAAGAACAUCUGAACGAAGAUGUAGGGGAAAAAAGCGAAAUUGUGAUAUUUCUGUAUAUUUAUAUUUGUACAUUACAUUAUUAGUUUCAACUGCUUUUCUUUUUCUUCUUUCCAAAUCCCU